AGAUCUUUUCCACCGGCUUGUCCGACGUAUGAAUAGCAAUGAUUCGGUUGAUCAUUCACCUUCGUGGUCUGUCAUCUUUGCGUGGAUCAGGUUGCUAUCUGGAAUUCCCACCAAGAAUUGGAUGAUGUUGGUCAACAUUCCUUCGUUCCAAAGAAAAAGGGGCUCUCUUCACGAGGCCCAGCUGCCUAUUGAGAUAGAAGAAGCUUCAAACUACUGCUAUACCGCCGCGGCAACCGGGUCCUGGAAUCUGUAAUCCAUUUGUUCGUGUGUUGGCCUCUAUCUGAGGCCGCGUCCGCGCAGGAGGGAAUCGAUACAACAAAAAUGCAGGUGUCCGGCGGAGGUCACUACAGAAGGGGCCCACGGGCAUCACGUGGGACGACGACCUCAUCUGGAACAUCAACCGGCAUUAUGUCCUGGAUAUUAAGGAUUUUCCUCUCCCACGUCUUCCUAGGCUGUACUAUAACGACGAUAACAUCAUCAUCAUCUUCACUGGUGUCCCCCGUCACCGCCUACCCAACUUCGUUUCCGCCCCUGGCGCUCCCAAAUGACGGGCUAUUUCAGCUGAAAUCCUUAUGGGAGUGUCAGGAUCGAAAUCGACAAAGUCGAAAAAUUUGCGAUGCAUAAAAUGUAGGGCCCGCAAGGCCUGUAUUGGGGAGCAGGCAAAUGAGACCGAUGGCAAGCCUGUGUAGGGCUAUACAAUAUGCUGCCAGAGUAGCAUGACAGGAGCAGUCUUCUUUGCCCAAAUAGCAUGACAGACUGGAUUUGGGUGCUCCCGAAAUUUCUCAUGCGCCACUUGGAAACUGAGGCUCUAACUGGCGGCGGUUUUGUGCAUCACAAAUUUUUCGACUUUGUCAAUUUCGGUUCUGACACUUCCAUAAUCCUGCGUCGGCGUAUCGCGGACCCUGAACGCGAAAGGCCCGCUAUUGUGAGGAAAAAUCCCCCCUCCCCAUAUUGAAAAGGCAUCCGUCGCAAAAUUUGUGAUGCAGAUUUUCGGUCUCAAAUUAUUUUUGUCUUGCAAGAAGGCAAGCGCUGAGGGAUGCGCCGCAUUAUGGAUGCGAUUUGUCAUGCUGCUUGGCCUACGGGGCAGGCGUUUCCCAUGCUAAACAGCUAGACCGUUGCGCACCUAAACAGCCUAAGAAUCUGCCCGCAAUUCCUGGCAGCAAGACAGACCUCAUUUGUGUACGCAAAUCCAGCAUCAGAAAUUUUCUUUUGAUAUGGGGAGGCCGGAUUUUUCUUCUUGAUACCCGCUCGCGCUGUUGUUCCUCGACGCAGACUCAGACUUUAGCCGGACCCAUAUCACCUGCUCAGGUGUUUCAAUCUCAAGCGUUACAAUAGAAUGUCGAAAUCUGUGAUGCAAGAGGUGCAUCAUGUAGCCAACUCUCAUAGGAUUGCGCAUGACAAGCUCCGGAGUCGUCCCAAACUGCACUACAAUCUGGCGAAAUUCUUAUUGCAGAAAGUGGAAUGCUGUCCGAGUCUGUCAUGCUCGUCAACAUGCAACACCAAAUCCAAAUACAAAUUCUAUUGUAACGUUUGAGAUUGUAACGUUUGAGCAGGUCAUAACCCAGUACCGGCAUUUUGCGCAAUUGGCGAAAAUCUUUCCCGAGAUACACUUUGUAUCGGACGAAAAAAGUGUUUCACUGUAAGGAUUUUGCAAGUUUUGCAUCACAAGUUUGCUCUACAUCACAGAGAACAUUUGCCAUGCGAGACUCCAAAGGGAAAACACAGCUAAAAAUCCAUUGUCUUGCAUGUGUAGCAAGACAAAUACUUCUCAGAUACAUUUUCUGCAUGACAAGUUUACAGUGAAAGAGUUUUUUCUUGCGAUACUUUGUCGCGAUCCUCAGCUUUGGCCUCGGCUGGGACUCCAGUUCGUGCUCUAAGGUAUGGAACUUGAUAUAAUACCCUUUUGAUACUUCUCGGUUCUCAUGCAGUACCAGUAAUACACAUGAUCAUGCGAAGAUUUUUAUCUUCAUGCAGGCGCAUAAGCUGUAAGUGUAACACUAACAUUCUGUUUCUGACCAGCCAAGCGCAUCUGUUUAUCCUAUUUCGAACAAUACCAUUACCACGAUGAUCAUCGCUACCACACCAGAUCCCGCAACCGGAAGGGUCCCCCGCGUCGCUGCUGUUGGAUCAACGAAAUUUUUACGGAACCCAGUACGCCUUUGAAUUCUUUUCGGUGUCGCCCAAUGAACUGGUGUUGUACAACGAAAAAAGGCGAUUCCGCUAUUUGCCGAAGACACAGGCGGACAUGAGCCGGCCGAUAGGGCAUACGUGGGUACUUACAUACCAUGCUGAUUAUAAUCCGUAUCGUAGUUUUACCUCCAAGAUGAUCAUAUUCCUUACUAUACUUGCUGCCUGUAGUUUGUUUGCCUGAUUUGUAAUGCUGGGCUCGCUUGAACACAUUCGGUUUUGACGUCACAAAUCUAAUCAGGUCCACACCGCGAUUGAGGAGCUCGACCGGGUAAUCACCAAUCCAACGCGGUUUGAUGCGUAUGCAUCGCAAAUAUGUCUGGGUCUGAAAGGUUGUGAUGCAAGUCAGUUAUAUAAUAUAGCACUCUGUAAUGCACCCGCAAGUAUGACAUGCACUCUGUCAGUGUCAACAUGCAAAAACGAUGACAUGUACUCUGUCAUGCAAAAACGCUGUUUCUCUUGCGGAAUACGCAACACAGAGCCCAAAGUCAUGGAAGACAAGCAUGACAAACUUCGUAAUCAUCUUCCAGACCCAGACAUAUUUGCACUGGAUAGUGCGGCUUUUAUGACGAAAGAAUUCGUACAAUACCCGUCGACGAUGAUAGAGGACGGGGAGAUCGGGCGCAUCAACGCUGCAUCGUCGCAAACACGGUGCGAAGAAAAGUGCGUACAGAUCGGCUGUACGGGAUUUGUCAUGUACGGUUCCCACCACUGCACCUUCUUUGCUGGCGAAACUGGCGCGCUCAUGGAAAACCGCCUUAGCUACGGAAACGCGAGCUUGUUCGUGAGAAGACCCCUCGCCGAUGUGAACAAAUCGCAAAAGAUCCUGAAAGGUGGGCUUUACAUAGUGCUUUUGAUAGUCAUGGUCGUGCACUGUAAUCGAGAGAAUUUGGUACUUGUAGUCUAUCGUUCUUAUUCUUCCAAACAGACUCACUCGUGUGUUGUCUCUUGACAGAGCAGCCUGUAGUUUUUGGUUUUGAGGAAAAAAGUGCAUGAUCUUUCACUUUCUCGCAUCGACCCAGGUUUCCUCUGGGCAGCAGUGAUAAUACUCUCCGCCUCCAUGCUUUUCUUCGUGUGCCAGAAGAUGGGCAGCAAAAAGACCCACGCGAACGUGCUGGAUUCCCUGGAGCAGGCGACCAACACGGGGCUCUCGAGCCUGAUCCGCGCGGCGGAGCAAGACGAGGGUGUCGAAGAGGAGAAGUUCACCAAUAUAGACAUGAGCAGCGCAGCCGAUAUGAGCAAGGAUGACCCGGCGGAGUAGGACCAGGAAAAUUUCGUCAGCGGUGUGGAUUGAUCAAUAUUCUGAAAGUAGUUAUCGGAACUAAAAGCACAUUUUGCUUCAUGUUGAUUUGCGCUGAUAGAUUGAUGUGAUUGCCAUUGCUCUGUUGGAAUGCAACGACCGUGCAAAAAAAUGCAACGAAUGGAAGUGAAAUUAACAUUCUGUGGACGAACAAAUAGCACACGGCUCCGUGCAUGAACAACAGCUUGCUUAGCACCGACUACAGUUCGAGAAAACGAUGUUGACACUAGGAGUACUAACUAACUAUGUAUGUUGUGUAACGGGAGCAUGAAUAAAG